ACACUGAAGAAAAAUCUCUUCCCUUUCUCUCCCAUUUCUUUUUCAGCUCUUCCUCUUCCUCUUCCCCAACACUCUUUUCGUCUCAAAACAACGACAAACUAUCAAUGGAGUUUGAUCUUCCUUUCCUUUCUCGAACUGGGUUCUCUCCGUUUCUCAGUUUCGAGCUCUGCGUUUAUCUCCUGCUCUUUAUCUCUAUUUUUGCUUUUUGGUUAACCCCAGGAGGUCUCGCUUGGGCUCUCUACAAGUUCCGAGUUCAAGCCUCUCCGGCUUCAACUCGACCCGCCCUUCCCGGCCCAUCUGGCCUCCCCAUUCUCGGGUUACUCAUGCCUUUCAUUGGUCCUUUUACACACAGAACCCUCGGUCUACUUGCCAACUCACUAAAAACAAAGUCUUUAAUGGCGUUUUCAGUUGGGUUCACUCGUUUCGUUAUAUCCAGCGACCCUAACACCGCCAAGGAUUUGCUGAAUAGCUCUGCUUUUGCGGACAGACCUGUUAAGGAGUCCGCAUACGAACUGUUGUUCCAUAGGGCAAUGGGUUUCGCUCCAUUUGGCGAGUAUUGGAGGAACCUGAGGAGGAUCUCAGCAACCCAUCUGUUCAGCCCGAAGAGAGUGAGUUUUUUCGGUGAGUUUCGGCGAAAGAUCGGGGAGGAGAUGAUGAAAGAGACAAAGGGUUUGAUGGAGAAAAGUGGAGAGGUGAGAGUGAGGACAGUUUUACAUUUUGGGUCACUAAACAAUGUGAUGAUGAGUGUGUUUGGGAGGAAAUACGAGUUUGGUGACCAAAGCUGUGUUGAAGGGAAAGAACUCGAGCGUUUGGUGAGUGAAGGGUAUGAGUUGUUAGGCAUGUUUAACUGGAGUGAUCACUUUCCUGUUCUGGGUUGGUUGGACUUGCAAGGUGUGAGGAAGAGGUGCAGGGAAUUGGUGAGAAAAGUCAACAUCUUCGUUGAGAAGAUCAUUGAGGGUCAUAGGGUAAAGCGAGCUAAUAAUGGUCAGAGUGAUGAAGAAGGUGAUUUUGUUGAUGUCUUGCUUGAUUUGGAGCUGAAAGAGAAUAACGGUCUCUCUGAGUCUGAUAUGAUUGCUGUUUUAUGGGAGAUGAUAUUCAGAGGAACCGACACGGUGGCGAUUCUCUUGGAAUGGAUUCUUGCAAGAAUGGUUAUCCAUCCUGAAAUCCAAGCUAAAGCUCAAUCUGAAAUCGACAUGAUCGUGGGCACAAAAGGAUACGUCUCUGAUUCAGAUCUUCCUAAUCUUCCAUACCUAAAGGCAAUCGUUAAAGAAACCCUAAGAAUGCACCCACCAGGUCCCCUCCUAUCCUGGGCCAGGCUCAGCAUCCACGACACCCACAUAGGCAACCACUUUGUUCCUGCCGGCACCACCGCCAUGGUUAACAUGUGGGCCAUCACUCACGACAAUGAAGUGUGGGCAGAGGCGGAGGUGUUCAAGCCGGAGAGGUUUAUAGAGGAAGAUGUAAGCAUAAUGGGGAGUGAUCUGAGGCUGGCUCCAUUUGGAUCAGGAAGAAGGGUUUGCCCAGGUAAGGCUCUGGGUUUGGCCACCGUUGAGCUGUGGCUUGCACAGUUACUGCAUGGAUUCAAAUGGGUUCCUAGUGAAGAAGCUGGUGUGGACUUGUGUGAGCAGCUGAAACUUUCCAUGGAGAUGAAGAACUCUUUGGUCUGUAAGGCCAUUGCUAGGGUUUCUUCUGGUUGAUGUGGAAAUGAUGGUUGUGGUUUGAUAUGCAAUAUUCCUGUUGGUGUUGUUUGCGAGUGAAAGAAGAGGGAUAUUGCUUGAUUGUGAAAAGGAUUGCAAGAAUGAGACUGUUUUUAAGUUUCUGUGCUUUAAUUAAUUACCCUUCUAAAUUAAUUAAUUUCUGUGUGUGUGUUUUUAAUUUUCUUGUAUAUUGUAAAAGCAUGAACAAUGAGUCUCAUGCUGCUGAUCUUGUUCAUAGUUUUUGUGAUAUAAUGGAAGUAAGUAAUGCAUGCC